GCAGCUCCGACCGCUCGCGCCACGAGCGAGACAGAGCACUCGGAAAUCUAGUCACGGUCACAACAGCCAGCCACCGUUUAUAAUCGCUGAUCGAAAUCGAAUCGUCCGCAGAUCGUGUCGCGACUUCGUCCUGGUCGCAUCUCGACCACCGGCUCCGGUUCCAGACACGCAUAAGGGUAGCAAGCAGGAGGACGCGUGGAUCGUUCGCAGUCGAUCGCAUAAACGCGACCACCCUCUUCACACAUGAUACCGACGGAAAGGCGGGAAACCUCGCGAUCGUAUUCGAUUGUGGACACUGCGGUGGGAUGAGAGUAUGCCCCUCUGCAUCGCAGCACAUCGUCCAGACGCAGUAGAACACCCGCGGCGAUCACGGGACCACGGGGACGACGGGCCAGUGUCGCUACCGACAGGCCUGUCGAUUUACCGCAAACAAGUCCUCGAGGGACAAUGGAGCGGCAAAGAUCUCCCCGGGAGACCUUCAUAACGGAUAUUGUUUUGAACAACGAAACGGAAUUCGAUCAGACCGUGAACCAAAGGAUGCCGGCGGAGAGGGACGGAUCGAGAUACGUCCUAAACAUGAACAGAAGCUCGAGGAACUCGCUGGUUGCAGAGGAUUAUUACAGGAACCCGGGAAAUGGCGGUCGUAGUCCGCGGAACAGCUUGGUGCCAGGAACUGGAUUGACAUCGGAUAUGGUGUACGGUUCGCGGCAUUCGGUCCACGACGCCGGGCUAAGCCCUAGGAACUCGCUGGUGCCGGACGUGGCUUAUAAUCGCAGCCCCAGAAACAGCAUGGCCGGCUCUCGGACGUCUUUGAUGUCUGAGAACGGGAACCCGGUGCCUAGGAGCCCCAGGCAUUCCAUUGUGCCGAACUCGUCGCGCUGCCCUCGCGGCAGCAUCACUCAUAUGGAACUAGUGGACCGCAGCCCGCAGAGAAGUCCUCGCGAGUCGAUAGCGUCGGAAUAUCUGAACCAAGGUCCAAGGAACUCGUUGACGCCGUACGAACCAGUUGCCAGCAGAACACCGCGCGGAAGCAUCAGCGUGAACGACGCGCCACGAGGAAUGGUGGUGGUCAACGGAGACGAGGUGAGGCCCCCGCGACGUAACAUCGAUCCCGACAUCAUCGACAGAACACCGAGGGGCAGUCUGGGCGGCCUGCCUGAGAGACGACUCACCAAGGCAAACAUUAUGGCUCAGGAUCCGCGGAGGGCUUCUGCUGAUCAAGGUGUGAACGCCAAUCGAAAUUCGUCACCAUACAGGGAGAAAUCAGGCGGAAAUAUGGUCCAAAUGAAUUUGGGAUAUGGAUUGAGUGGCUUCACGGACUCCCGACGAGCCAGCAGCUCCGUGUCACAGUUUUCAGGUGACGAAUCGCGCCGAUUAUUCAACAACGGCGUCAAGGCGCCGGAGCACAAGUCGGAGAACGGCAAUUUUAAUGGAAUCACGUACGGCUCCGUUGUCUUUCAACUGAAGGACGCGAACCUCGAAGCGAAUGGCAGCUGCGACUUCGUCUUUCGCGCUUUGAAAGUUGUCUGCAAAACCCGAAUCGUGACCGACUACUUGGUGUUGCUGUCUUUGCUGCCAGUUUUGAUGCUGAUACUCGGCUGGAAGUAUUCUAGAAAUUGUCCCGUAGAAGAACGGAUUCCGAUCUACAUGAUUAUAGGCGGGAUUUUCGGGAGCAUGUUUAUGUUCCUUAUAACAUACUCGCAGAUACGGUCAAGGAGGCCUGAGAUACUGUCAGUGCAGCCGGCAGGAUCUCAGAUAUCAUUUGUAAAACUUAUCAUCUUCUUGCUGUCAUGCUUCCUGGUGGUAUGGUUUGCAAUGGGAAACUAUUGGAUACUCCAUAUAAUGUGGCCUCCGCACAGGGCAGGACGUUACAAACCGAAUGAGUACUGCGACAAGACGUUGUAUGUUUUCUCUAUGGUACAUCUCGGAGUAAUCUAUCUGACUUUCGCGAUCAUAAUAUUUACAAUGGUGAUCCUGGCCUCAUUCAGAAUCCUCGGCUGGUGGUUGCCGGAAAGGUAACCACGAAGACUCAUCCAAGAAACAACAGUGAUAUCCGGUGACGAAUUAAUGCAAACAAGGGAAAGCAGUUGCAAUGAAGGACACAGUCGUAAGACGGUCACAUACGAGGACAUACUGAUGACCAGUUGGAUUCCGCAUCAUGAUAAUGUGAUCACGGGCACCGAAAAUCCGAUGAGAAAGAGACUUCGCGGAUGAGGAUCCAGAAAUUUAAGGGGUAACGUACAUCUAGGCAGAUAAGAAAACCUAUUUUCCGACAAAAAAAAUGUAAUUACCGACGCAUUGUUUCCAAAAUCGGCACUAAAGAUCUGUGGAAGACGAACGGGUCGACUAAAAUUUCGUGUAAUCGUUUUCAAAGCGUUCAUUUAACACCCAUCUACUUUAUUCCCAGCAAUCCUACACUUAACAAUCGUCUCUGAUGAAACUCGUAUUUUUACGUAUCAUACAACUGCCAUUUUUCAAAAACAUUCCAAACGCAACCAUAUAUUCUUCAUUCCUUCUUUUUCGAUCCUAGAUUGCGUAACCUCUUAAGAAAACUAUAAAAACUAACUCACAUCCGCGGCGAGAAUACUAGACAGCUGGCUGAUUAAAACUGAAGAAAUCUAAAUUCACGUCGACACGAAGUCGGACAAAAGUCGCACGGCACGUACGAAUUUUGUCUGACAUAUCGCGUUUCUUACAGUCCAAAUACUUUUAAACAAGAACGUUGCUCGAGCUAAAUAACGCAAGAGCUCUAGAAAAAGAACAACUUCUAGGUGGCGUUAUUCCCCAUUGACCUUGAUUUCCAUAGAUGUCUUACAUAGCUCUGCAGUCCGAUCACUCGAUUCAUUUGAAAGACCGAGUUAUUUUCGAUCAGUGUGAAACCUUGAUGUUUGUUGUGCAUGUCCCUCUUAAAGAUCGAGGUGACAGAACGCGCGCCUCGUUGUUAUCGGUGUCAAAUCAAGACGAUGUUCUGCGUUUAUGUCUGAUGUCAAGUCGUUUAUUGUCCGUGGAGAUUGUAACUAUGAUAAUCAAUCUGAUCCAAUUUUCAAGCUUAAUUCUGGAUGUGUUUGUCUGUAAACUAUUUUAAGAGCAAGGCAAGCGUAUCGUUCUUCGUUCCGGAUAGGACGAGGGGAAGGUGGAAUCAUGUCGCGCGGGAGGAUACACAAAAUGGCAGUUCUCGAUUAUUCGCUCGGUUUAGGUGAACGCGCGCUAUUACGGCGCAACGGAUCGUCAGCGGCCACACUGGCCAGGGGAGGGAAUGACCUUUGUCAAUUAAAUCAGUUUGUCACAAACUGUAUUUCGCGGCAACUUUAACUGAAACAUAUAUUCUAUAUGUAAAUAUAUAAAUACGUGUACACUUGUAUGUUAAAUUAAUCGUUAACGGGGGUGAAUCGACCAAUGAGAGAACGGAAUCGGCAGGCAUUUUCUGGGAGCACACGAAGCACGGAACGCGUUCAGGGAACUGGAAGUCUCUCACUUGCCGCAGGUCAUCGGGUUGAGUUUACGUUCGCGUGGAAAGUUCGUCGGGCUGCGCAACUUGGCCGCAGUAGAACCACUCCGCUUUAUUAAAUUUCUUCGAUAUAAAUAAUUCCGAUUUUCUUUUGGAUCGAUACCGCCGUUUCUUUUCGCGAACUGUUACUCGAAGUUCUGGCACUUUCAUUGAAAUUCGAUGUAUACAUUUCAUAGGAUAGCUAAGGGAAGAGAACAUAACGAAGAUACAUUGGUUUUCUGAAUAUCGCAUCGCGUGUCACGGUUUUAAUCCUAGUACGGCAAAGUCACUUUCGACUAGGAAUUGAAGUACUUUCUGCAAUCACUUUAUCUUUGAUGUGUAGAUAUGGUAACAUCGAUUUUUAAAUGUUUGUGUAGACUUUAAACGACCGCGCCUUUAAAAUUGAAUUUGUCUUUUACUCUCUGAUAAUAUUUCUUGGAAAUAACUCGUAGAUUACACAUAUAGACUACCUUGUUAUAUCAUCAAUUCAUCUAUAUAUUGAAAAAGCUACGGAAGAUACAGAUACGUUAGUAACAAUUUCCUUGCAGUGUUCUCGAAUACGAAUUCGUCUUUGAUUGAAUAACUCUCGUAGUAUCAAAUGUAUGAAACCGUGAAGAACGUUACAAGAUUAUCAUUAACUUAAUGCAUAUGAAAUUGCCACUUCUCAUUGUACAAAUAUUUCUUCCGUUUUUUUUUACGAACCAACUUUAACAAUCAUUAUUGUCGUAUCUUUGUUUCAAACGCUGAAACUGGAUCUGCACAAUCGGCAAUUUCAUAUGUACCGAUCCGUUCAUAAUUGUAUAACAUUGUCGGUUAGCUUCUCCGGCCAAUUGCGCGUCCGACGUCCACGAUUGCGCGGUGAUUCGAACACGGGUCCAUAUUAUAUCGUCCAUUCCAGUAGGUGUAACCAGUCCGUAUCGUGUGUCCAUUUUAUCAAUGUAAAAUGUGUGUGAACCGUCUUCGUCUGGACGAACUUGUCCGCGGCGAUUGCGUUCGUUUAGUGUUAGUCAAAAGAGAUCGGCAGGAUCUCGAGCCCCAACUGUUUCCUCCCCAAGAUGGAACACGCUUCAAUCGCGAGACAUCGACGUCAACAUCGAAUCGGCUCGGUCUCGCGACGAGGAACGUGAAUUUUUCUUGUAUAAUCGAAGUUCGUGUGCGAAACUGUUGUGAAGCCGAGCGGCUGGUCAGCGAUGUCCGGUGCACCGUGAUAAAACGUAUCCACGAGAAUAAACUCGUGAAACAUCAGUCACGUGUGCGAACCGCUUACGAAACGAAGUACAAAUAUAAUGACAGUAAAUCAAGGGGGUAACGAGACACAAGAGGAUAAAGUCGAACGUUUCGUGACAACCGUUUCGCGUGAUAGAUAAGUCGUAGGUGUGUUAGUAAGUACAGUGGUCCUUGCUUAAUAUUGGUUCAAAGAACGAUAAUGAAUUGUCUGUAGCACUUGAAAACAUAUUAAGAGACACGUGGUUAAAGGAAAAUGCUCAAAAUCGUGAAAAAAUAAUAAGAGGUUCGUGCCCAUUAUCAUUUAAUCAAUAUCUACGCAAUUUAAUCGAUAUUCUCUUCUAGAAUAUUCCAAAAAUGAUUGGUCGCAAUUGAUAUUUUACACAAUAAAUUAUAGAAAUUUUUGGGAAUCACCAGUUAUCGUUUCCCUCGUUUGUAUCGCUGAAAUAAGAAACAGCGAAGAUAAAUAAAACAGAGGGAAGGAUCCGGAACAAAUAAACCAAUUACCAGAGGAAACUACGCGUCUGUUAAGCGAGGACUGUUGUACGCUACGGACAAAGGAGAGUAACAACCAGAGAUUUGUUCGCGACGAAUACUUACAAACACGAUAAAAGGGACCUGACUGCGGAGAUUGCCAUUUUCAUUGGGGAACUUUGUAGGACUUUUCGCGGUGACUUUUCAGGUGUGUCUCGUGUAAUCUUUGAGAGCGACUUCCUAGGGUAAGGGUGGGCAACGUAUGAUUUCGCACGUGAUGUUCGGUGGUUCAGGAUUCGAAGAAGAACACGUUCGAACUUCUCCCGGGUUCAAAAUCGCGAAAUCGUUAUGGGAAAACGGCGAUCGGUGUAUGGAUACGGUCCGAAAGCGAAUCUCCCGUAGAAAGGACAUCGGGUACACUGUCUGUCCACAGCAGGAUCACCGCAUAUUUCGUCACCGAACGCUCAAACUGCAAUCACGGGAAUCAACCUACUCGAUAUACGUGGGUUGUUCAAUGUGUACAGCAAAGUCUGGAUUGGUGAAUGUGCGAAUUUCGAUUUCCAUCGAUGAAUCUCGAAUGGUUAAUGUGCCGUUCGAGGGGUUGAUCUGUUCGUGUCACUAGCGGGCGAAGCAACGGGACACUGUCUCACUGGUCUAGACUUGAGUACUGCGCGAAUGCACCGAGAAAAUUUGUAUUCAUUAUCGACGAUCCUAUAUUUUUCUACGUUUUCCAACAUUUUCAUGGCGCACACUUUAUAUCGAGAGAAUUUACGUAAAACUUUCAAGAUUUCUACUGCUGCCUGACAACUGUCUAUGAAUAUUAUUCAGACAGCAAUUCGGGUUUUUGUGGAUUAACUCUUUGCACUCCUAAGGCGACUCUCGUCAUUUGUCUGGAAAAGAUUAUCGUCUACAUAUCAAACUUUGUAUAAUGCAUCGAUACGUGGAGUUCUGAAAUGAAAUAAGUUUGUUCCUUAACUAUAUGCUUUCUCAUUAGUAAGUUUCCGAGAAUAUCGUUUACAUGUCAUUAGAAAACGUUGGAUAUUUCUAGUGGAAAACUUCCGAGCGCAAAGGGUUAACUGGCGAAAAGAGAACGAAUCUAUCAAAUACGUGACGUACGUUGAAUUAGAAUGAUAUUAACAUGACUUUAUUACGUGUUUUUUAUAUGAGUAAAAUGAGUGUAGAAAUUCAGCAGAGAAUUAAGUAGGAAGUUACUCGGGAGCCUAAUGUUUUGAACUAAUCGCGAUUAGAGAAAUACAAUGUCGUCGAGAUGGAUCGAAAUUUAACAAAGGAAUUCCCAGCGUUUAUUGAACGGCCCACGUAGAAAACUUGUUUCUUCGUUUCAUUGAUUUCGUUGCGCCAUUACCGCCGCGGCGGGACGCGCACCAUCCAGCACGAACACAACCAUCGAACCUUUCGCAGCAGAAAAUCGCGUUGAACGAUCAACGAAACUGAUGAUUCCAGUAGCGGCGAAGCUACAUUUCAUUAGAUGCAUGCACUUACUUACGUUUAGUAGCGUUCGGGCUAUUCCUGAACCAAUUAGCUAUUUGUGUUAUCAUUAUCGCCGUUCAUGGCCGUGCGUGAGCGCGUGCGCGAGGGUGUGCAUGGGCGCGUGAAUGAUACACGUGUGCAUCGCAGCAUCUGCUGAAUUUCGGAUCGGAGCCGGCGAUCCAGUUCGGCCAUUUCCCGGAAAAUACUAACGGAAACGUUGUUUCCUCUAAAUCCGUGGAAACGUUGUUUCCUCUAAAAUUAAUCGCUCAUCAGUUUCUAGAUUGUCAUUCAAUCGGGCAUUUCGGUUGAAUGCACCGUUCCUUUUAUACCCUCCAUCCGUUUGUAGUUUAUUUUCUGUCGAUCGAGAGAUAAUUGGGGAAAAUACACGAAAAUGGAAAACGUCAGAAAUGUUCUGCGAAAGAAAAUUAAGCCUUCGAAGGUAUUUUCAAAAGGACCAUCGGAAUUCUACGAAUUUCAUUAGAUUUUUCCACUUUCAUUUUCUUCUUAUAACUUCCAUUUUUUCCCCAUUUUCCAUUUAUUUCAAUCACAAUUCUUUGAACCAGAAAAUAAUUGGUAUCUAAUUUUGCGAUGGGAGCACAGAUUCGGAUAAAUGGGGAGACAAUUUAAUCGGGUUUUGUAGCCUGGCGUUCGACUAGUCGCAUGGAAUCGACAGUCGAGUGAACCUACGAAAUUCCGAUAUCCUAUCGGAAUGACAAUAUUCGGGGAAAAAUAUUUUUGCGCGUGGAACAGAUCACGGCCUCGAAAUUUUUGGUCGGGGCAAGACGCGAAACACGGAAAAUUGAAUUAAGCGACGUUUCCACGAGUCCCAGUGGCCGAUGAACCGGAUGUUAGCGUAUACACACAUACAAAAAUAUCUCCCGAUAGUCGAGAAAGGGAAAUCGUGUCUUGUGGUCGGAUAACGGCGUCGAAUCUCGUCGUUUCCUUUCAACGGAUCGCGGUCAUCCCUCGGUUAGUCGUAAGAAUUAACAAUUCUGUUGAUAUAUCGAAUGUUAACGUCUCGUUGGAUUUAUAUAGAAUAGAGAGCUUAUUUAUUUUUAUACUAUGAAUCGUUUGAUAGCGUUCGAUCUACUUAAUUGAAUAACACGCGACGACGGGUAGUGGCUGCUCAUUAUUGGCCCGCGGAACUUCUUCAUUUACUUUGCGAUCGCUGGAUCGUGGAGGUUUCUGCGCACACACGAUCAUACGGUCUAAUUUGUAUAAAUUUGGAUCUGAACCUUUUACAAUAGAAUACGAACUCACUGCAUUAACAAAUUAUACUACUUGAAUGUAAUAUUUGGAAAUUAAUUUUUAUACUUUUAUUGUAUAAAAGUUUCAUUGACAUCUGGAACUUAAUUUUUGUACAUUUAUCUCAUGAAAGUUUUAUUAACCCUUUGCACUCCGAACCAUUCUGGACGUUGGCUACCAGCUACUCAGCGCGCCUUUGCGGCAGAAACGUGCAUUUACGGACCCGCAUAUUAUUUAGUGUUGUUUCGGAACCAAGUAACGUAUUAUAAUGAUAUUGGACUUAUAUGAAUCGGUUGACAUCAAGGAAUGUAUAUUUGCAAAAAAAUCAAUAUUUUAUUAUUUAUAAUUUUGUACAGUGUGAUAAACCGUUCUUCCGUAUCACUUUCAUCGCUAUCGCUAUCUUUGAAAAUCUUUUCCUCCAGUUUUAAAUUUGUUUAUUUAUAUUUAUAAAUAUAAAUAUUCUACAAACUCUCCUUAUCGCCCUUUUCAAGUGGCGCCGAGAAGUGCUCGGACCGUCGUGAACACGCUUCUCACGUUCUCUUCUGACACAAAACCUGCUGACAUUUUUUUUAUAUAUCUCAGUAAUUUUACUAUAUUUUGAUUUGAUUUCUUGUGCCAUUUCAAGAGAAAACUUCAGGGACACGUGCAUGUCUCAAAAAGUUGCGCUGAAAUAACUUAAUUCCCCGUAAUCACUAAUAAACUUUAAUGUCCCUUGAGAGGGAACAUCCGAGUGGUAUGCUAGAAUUACGAUGUCCCCUGAGAGGGGACAGCGGAAUGCAAAGGGUUAAUAUUUGGAAAUUAUUUUUAUAAUUUUAUAUAAACUCAAGUCAAUUAGAACGGCGAGGUAAAAGAAAAACAAUCGUUUUAAACGUUGAUCUUUCACUUUCGAUUUCGUCAAACAAAUUAUUCCCAUUUUAUAGAAUUUUCAUGAGUGUUGAAAUUCAAUUUUAUUUAGCUUUCUACGAAACCGACGACAGGUCUUAAGCAGUCGUGUGUAUUGUGAAUGCACAAAAUCCACCGUCUAGCGACUAAAAGGUGCGGUACUUACUCUAACGAUCAGUUAUUGAGUUUACCGGUGAUUAACUGACUGUUCUAUGGCUAAUUAAAUUCGCGUACCUGUACAUAUGCAUCAUAGUAAAUCUAUAACUCAUAUACACGUGUGCGUGUGUGUAAAUGACCGUACGUUCGAAUGUCUGUACACGUAUGCAUGUCCCAUACGUAAUAUUAUAAAGUAUCAUAUAAUUAAGACAUUUCCGAGAUGCGUGAAGUGCGUUUAGAGAUAUCGCGUCGUAAUUAGUAGAUGAUAGGAUUAUUUUCACGCACUACGUCACAAAUUGUGGUACAGGCUUUAAUGUAGCAUUCACCCUCCUAACACGAUCGAGCGUUUCCCUGUUUCGCCACCGAAAAUAGCCAUGGGAGUCAGACAAACGAAAAUCAAUUUCUUCCGCAAUAUCUGCGUAUUCAUCGGAAUUUCUAUUCGAAUUUCUAUUCGAUUUUCACUUGAAUAAACCAGAUACAGUAAAUCAGCUUUCGAGCAAGAUCCUUUAGUCAUUACUUUUCUUAUCUACAUUUUGCAAUAAUUGGCUCAUAACAAUUUAUAUUUGCAAAAUUUAUUUUAAAUCCUAUUACUUUAUUACUUAUAUAGCGUCUAUAUUAAUUGAUUCACAUCAAUUUAUAUUCAUAGAAACGAUCAUAGUGCAAACGCGUAACAAUUCGGUUGAUUGUUUCUGAAAAAUGUCAAGGAAAGCCUUAACCGCUCGAUUAAAUGAUUCAGCGUUUCAUAAAAGCGGUCAUCAUGUUACUUGGCAUAAUUCUAUACCUGACAUUCCACUGACACCGCGUACAACCCUCGACGAUUAGACAGUGGUGGCUCCCAACGCUGUUCACAGCGACGAUAAAACCCAUUGCAUACAUUGAUUACAUUUUUCUACACGCGGUUUGCACCGUUCCGCCGCGAACUAGCACGAAUCGCGUCGUUCCGGUGUAUACCUCGCGAUCGACCGCGCUCAGAACGUGAAUGACUGACACACUGUGCGCGAAAUCGGCGUCGACAAAAAAAAGGGUACCUCUUGGGACACGGCGGCCUCCGUUCACGGAACACUGCGCGUACUUUUGUGUGAUAUCGUUCGAAGGCGACCGCUAACACUUCAUCGACCGUGAACACCAAUCGGCGAUCUAGAACAUCUUGUUUCCUUCGUAGCUGCAUAGUAACAAGUCAUUUCAAUUCGUUUACGGAAUUACAGAACAGAACAGAACUACAGAAACACUUCUUGGCAUCUGCUAAGCAUUUCUAAAGGAAAUCUUAAACACUAAAGCUUCGACAAACCGUGAACGUUUUGCUUACCCAGAAGGAUUUACCCUUUAUCUUCCAAAGCUAUUUAUUAGAGUACUAUAUAUAAAGAUCCUCGAUCUAACGAUAAUAAUUUGGAAAUAUAUAGAAUCAUAAUUCUGAAUAUUUCACAUGGAAUUGAACGGAAUGAAGGAUCAUGAAUUUUUAGUAAUUCGGAAUCAAGUACCUCUUAAUUAACUCAUGAAACGUAGACUUCUAGGGGACAUAGGAUAACUCGUUAUUUUAACAAAUGAAUAGCGAUUAGGUAGGUUUCGCUGUUCAGUUACUCGCAAUGAUAGGAGUGCCGGUCGUUGAAACGUUAAUUCCUACGAUUGCCGCGAGCGCGAAAACGAAAAAAACGUUUGUAAACGUAGGAAACGUGUCCACGAUUCCUAGACAACGGUGGGCGCCUAUUAAUUUUCCUCUGUCAAUGUAGGACAACGAGGAAACGGUUUGCCCUCUUCUUUUCAGUUCACUGUGCAGUUUUUCGAAUAAAAAAACAGAAAACAAUACUCAACUACGCGCGACGCGAAUGGCAUCGAUUGACGCGGGGGAUCAUAUGGGAUAAUACGAAUUCGGGACUCGAUUUCAAUACGCGAUUGACUCGAGUGCGCUAUCGAUGGAUUGCUCGGAAGAGGCGGCGGGUAUUAUGGCACAGAUCUUCUAUAAAUUUGGAACGUUAUCCCCUUACGGUGAAUGCAAUUGCAUCGUGCAAUGCCGUACCUUACCGUAAUUUUCGUUUCUAUCGAAUGUAGAAUCUAAUGAUAUGUUAUCAUGGCUGAAUAUAAUCUCUAAAUUUAAAAGUGGCAGCAAGUUUCACGAAACAAAGGACACUUAAAUUUGAAUACUUACUUUCAUGAUACUAUAAUACAAUACUUUCUGAUUUCCGUCGCAUCUACAAUUUGAAAAUAUUAUCUGAUGCUGGCGUCUAUUACGACUGCGGGAUUUGAUUAAUUCGAAACAUGAAAAUUAUCGAGAAAUGAACGGAAUGCAAGCUUCCAUCGAACUAUGUAAAAAAACUUUUACUUUAUCGUGAAUUUAUUGAAUUUAAUCACAGUGGAUGUUGAAUUAUACUCAAUAAACGACGGUUUCUUGAAAUUUUUCGGUGAAAACGUGAACUCGUAUGAACUUCAGCGUUUAUUUUGUUACACCGAAAGUGACAAGUGAAGCUGCAUAUUUUCCGACACAUUUAAUCAUUAAACUAGAAGAAGAAAAUAGAAAUUAUAGAAUCUAACAAGUAGCUGUAGGUGAUAGACAAAAGUAUGGGUUUCUAAGCGAUCACGAUUUUAUAUAUCCAAUAACUGGGUCGUUCGCCUAACAUGUCUAGGUACUAGCUUAAAUCCCUCAGCUAAAAUCGAUCACCGGUUACAUUAAUCUAUCUAAAAUUAAACAUGGAAAAUGCUUUUAAGUAAUCUCUCGUAAUAGCGUUUUCGAUAUUGAAUAAACGUCCCAAGAAACGGCAAAAUCCAAAGAAAACGUUUUAUACGGGGUGCUGCUUCCAAACUUUCUGUUGUUACGGUUUAUCGACGCGUUAAUCAGAUAACUUUUCGAGCAUGAGCUUCGACUCGGCAUUGCUCGUGAGACCAUUCAAGUGGAAUCAAGUCACACGUGUAUACAUUCAGUUUCUCGUUAAUAUCGCCGUUCGAUAUGUUCCCGUUUAUUAGCGAAAUUUCCUGAUCCACUCAAUUCGUAGAAGAAACUGACGUCCCCUAAUACGAUUUCUCGUCUCUUGGGAUUAACUCGUUCCAAAAGACGCACGGUGGUCUGGACCGAAGAGUUCAGUGACAUUUCGCUACAAAAUUUAACUUCCCGAUUCGACGUCUACCGAAUUGAUUAAUAUAAUUGAUACAAUUUAGCAAAUAGUUCUUUCCGAAGAUAACAUGUUUCGCUAAAAAACAAACAUUUUUCCCUUCGGAAUACACUGAUUGUUUUUAAAUGUUUGCAAUGGAAACUUCAUGCCAAUUUGUUUUAUGGUUGAAAGUUUAUACGGAAGUAUUAUUAAAUCCAUUGAUCUACACCACUGCGCAAUGAGGUAAUGUGAUUAAAUAAGUCCUAUCAGACGGAAAACAUAGAAUCGCGGGCUGCAUCGCGUUGUAGCUAUCAACCUAGCGGCAGUGUUGGGCAAUUUUUAUUUCGAUUAACGGUUUCAUCCAAUGAAAACCUCGUUGAUUGCUUGUAUUUGAAAACUAUCUACCGGAAGCAGACUUUCUGCCAAAGCAUUCUACCUUUGCAAAUCAGCGUAACUUCCUGUCGUCUAUUCGACGAUAUUCGUUCACAAAGAAAUAAUAAUGUCCAACGGUGAGUUUCCAUUUCUCCGAGCUGCCCGAGACGACCCAUACACGCGACGAAUCGAGCCAAAUACUAAUCUCGACGUCACCCGCGUCGGUGAAGACAGAUAAAAUCUUGUAUUAAAAGUACACUGAGUUUAUAAACGGUACUAUGACGUGUAAAAUCAUAAUACCCGACGAAACAAAUUUAUUUUUAAUUCAAACACUUCGUGAACAAAGGAUCAAUCCAGCGAAACAACAAGUAUACUUAAAAUUAAAGCAAAAAUGUUCUCAUUAUCCUUCAAACAACACAAUAUUCCCUCCGUAACUUCACGAAGCGGUAAAGGUUCGGCGAGACGCUAGAGAGUAGUAGAAACUAUUUCAUCUUCGUCGUUAGUGGCCGACAUUGGUCGAUAUUCCUCUUUCUCGAAGUAUCAAGUUACAAAUGUGACGCUAACGGGUUCAAUGCAGCGCGAUGUUACGGUGGGAACACUGUAAUACUUUAAAAACCGAUUCCAGCGAAUAAGAUACUUCAUUUUAAAGGUUAUACAUGAAUAUUAACAUGAAAUAAGCUAUUUACCAUUUGAAAUAACAUUUUACCCAGCACUGGUCUAUGACGACAUUUCCGAGGGUCCAAUCAUAGCUUACGAUUCACUAUUGGCGCAUCGAUCGCAUCACCGGCCGCACAUUCUUCUUCUCGCGUUCGGAACACAACACACCGCUUCCCCGUGACGUACAGCUCAGAACAUGAUCGCGCAUCUUCGAAAUCAUCGCAUCGCAUCGGUCCCGCACGGACUGAAUUUGGCUGCUCUUGCACCGGAUGCGUAUUCGUUCGAACUGACAUUCUGAAGAAUGAACAUGUGAAAAUGGCAGUGUACAUACUCUCAGGCAUUUGUAUGCAUGUUUGAACGCUUUGACGCAUUGACACGUUUGCUAUAUAACAACGUCACGUAUUUAUAAAGUCCAACAUUCUGCAUUUUCCUUGAGGAAAUGUAAAAUACAUUCGUUCAUAUUUUUAUUCAAAAUUGUAAUUUAUUUCGAGAAAUGAUUAAUUUCAAGUUCUUUUAUAUACAUAUAUAUAUAUUUAUAUUUUCACAAAGACGAUGCGUUUCAUUUCAUGGAAUAUUGCAACUGUGAGAAUUGCUACUGAAAUAAAUGUUAGUAGUAAACAUAUUAAGUUCGUUAGAACGACGAUUCACCUGAAUAAGCAUCCAGCGUAACCGCAGCUUUAAUCAACGAGCGUCGGCCGCGCGUCAUCCUCGCUCGAGACACGCGAGAUUUCGUAACGUUGCAACGACUGGUAAAACGUCCAGGACAUUCACACCGCGAAUUAUUUUUCUAGAAGCCACAAAGCGUUGUCCUCAUAGCACGUAGGAACUUCUCCGCGCGUGAUCAAACCUUUGAGCCCGACACGCGUCGCAGGACACUGUACAAACGUUAAAAUAACAUUUAAGGGAACUACUAACGCAUGUGCGCGGCUAAAAGGAAAUUUAUACGUGUAGCAACUAUAUUGUAAUCCUGCAGGCGAUAAAGUUUUAAUAAUAAACGAAAGAACGUGUUACGUAAUUUAAUAAAGACUCGGUGCCGUGUCGGGCGAGAAGGCGUCACCGUAAAAUAGCUGAUUAGAAAUUGUACUUUGGAAUCUCGCGUUCGGAGUGACGAUAAGCUCGGUCGUUAUACAAGGUGUACCCAUAGUAAAUAUUUCGAGAUCGGUUGAUUCGAUGAACCGAAGUAGGACGAAGAUAACAAAUGACUACAUUAUAUUAAUUUCUUUUCAAAUUAUUCAAAAUUUCUUCAAAUUCCGUUCACCAAUAUACCGCGUAUGAUGUAAAUUCACGCGUCAAGUGUACCGAGUAAUAGACAGAUAACAACUCGACUAUCACACUGCUGGGACUCUUGUUUUAAUCUUAUUCGAUCUGAAUCUAAAACAAUAUUCUACCUUGUCUCAAAUUCAUUUUCGUCUUAUCUCGAUUCGCAGAAUCACUCCUUGAAACACUUACUACAAAUCGAACACUAUGCACGAUCGAACAGUCGCGCCGUUGCACACGCCGACUACCGACUUAUGGUGGGUUCGACGUGCAUCAUCGAACCAGAGAAAAUACGUGUUUUAUUUUCUAUAAACCCCGUGAAGCAUCGACGAGUGCGAAUUCGUUCCGAUGCAGGACGAACCCCGACCCCAGAUGGGGAAGUCGUGUCACGUGAUAGCCGGCGUAUGCGGUGAAAGCGCGAGAAUUCUCGGGAAAUACGCUCGCAACUUUUCCAGCCACCUACACCGAACUUUGACGGUAAAUGUGUAUCGAUCGCAGUUUCCGCGCGUGCUGCGUCGCGACGGCAGCGAAAAGAACGCGACUGGCCGAACGUGAGGAAAUUUUCUCGAAACGGCUCUCUCGCGUGUUCCGGAAGUUCCGCCGAAGCCACGUGACACGUGCAAGGGAUGCGCGCAAUAUCCUCUCGCGUCCCAUCGGGAAUUGACGGACCGGUCGCGACCCAUUGUUCCGUUCUACCAUUACAUACGUGACACAGGAUCGUGCACCCCUUGACCACCGAUUACGUCAGUCCCGAUCGAGUUCGACCCCGCGAACUCCCGGCUUUCGUGCCAGGAACGAGGCCGGUUUUUCUUCCUUUUUCUCUCGGUUUCUCAUAAAAACAGCACCACGCUGCAAACUUUCUAGCGGUUUAUUUUGAUGACAUUAUUAAGAACGUCGCGUGAUGAAAAGGGGAGCACCUGGGAACCUGAUUGAUUCCACGGGGUUGAUAAGGGGAACUCCUACCAGAUAAUUGACACUGGAUGUUAGCCCGUUUCUGUGACCGAGAUCUACGGCGAAUUUUCUUCAGCGUUCAUUCUUCGUGGAACAACGUUGUGACAUAAUUCGAGAGAUUUCUUAUUUUGUUUUAUCUACUGUUAGCAGUUUACUCUUUGGUUAUUUUUCGACACCUUUUUUACUAGGAAAUAUUUAUAGUAUUUGGUUUAUUAGAUUGUUUAGUCUUCUAGAAGAAAAUUCAGGUCACCAUAGAAAUUUCACUAUUUUAAAGUACGAACAUUUUCGAUGUAAUGAACAAGUAUAUACUGCUUGCAAAUUUUAUUCUCCAUUAAUUCUGUUUUUUAUAUUUCGAAAUAUCUUACACUUUGAUAAAUUUGGAUUUCAAUUGCGUGUGGUAAUGCAGCUUUACCGGCAUAUAUUGUAAUUAUCAAUGUCAAUGUCACGGUAUCAACCGAACAAGUUUACCUAGUUGGAACGGAAGUCGAGCAUUGGUCACAACCGGUGACUGUUUCAAAGUAGUCGGAAGUGCCGCGAUUGCUCGUCGUUUGGAAUAAAUUCACCGGUGAAUCCCAGCGUAUUAUCUGCACGUAACAGGCAGCGGGGCUCGGCAAGUCGCCAGGUACAACGGCAACAGCGGGAGUUUAUCGCGCGACAUGUUUUGUUCAAUUCAAUUGCCUUCGAACUAUUCUGUAUACCUCACUAACGGGACCUAUAUAGCGCCGCCGUCUAUUCUGGCUGCUAAUCAAAGGGGAACGCGAUAGGAUCCUUUGGGCGCAUUCCAUUCAUAAUGUCUCUCAAUUAAUCGUGUAGUUACCAGAGCUGAUCGAGUGUCCUAGAAGCGGCAACAUUAAUGGAUCAAAUAUGAUUUCAUUUGUACGGCCAAUUUAGUUCCUGUUCACCUCAGAAGUAGUACACUAUCGUCUAAAAGCUUCGAACUGCUGCUUCACGUUUUACUGUUCUUACCAGUUCACAGUGAAAAAUUGUUAGUUAAUUAUUGGUAUCUUUAAACAUUGGUAAUUUUAGUAACGUGUUUCUCAAAUUUCAAGUUUUGAUAAAUAAUUCAAUAGUUCGAAAUAAUGGUAGAAUAAUUGAAAUUUCGGUAACGACGUGUACAAUAAUUAUAAAACGAUACGUCAUUUCAGCGCGAUCGUUGAAUCGAGCAACAACGCGAUUCAUUGAGAAGCAUCACACGCGAGACGCGACAUUCGUAUGCACACGGCCAUCCAUUAAAUGUGAACAGAAGCGAGAAAAGGAGACGAGGAGAAGCGGGAGAGAAUCGAGAAGAAUGUCGGGGCAUGUUUUGUAUCUCGUACGGGCACCGACGAAAAAGAUACGUGGAACUAAUCGAGCAGCGCCGAUGCACGCAUCGUUAAGAGACCCAUAGAGGAUCAAUCGUGCUUGUCGACUGUGCUUGACAAUCCAUAAUUGUCUGUUGUCUGUGCGUUCCGAAUACAGAUGGAACAAUGCUUGAAGCUUCAGUAUGUGUCCUAUAAAGGCACUAGAUGUCUCGGAGUAAUUCUCGCAUUGAGUACAGUCAAUAGACUCUAAUAAUUAACUUCUUUAACAUACUCGAACAAACCACUACCUUAUACGAUCACUUUCUACUCUUCUUAUUAACACCGUUUACAUUUCGAUUUGACGAAUUUUAAAUUUCAUAAAUAUUAUUUCUCCGUAACUUAUGGAAUAUGCCGAUAAUUGAUAAAAUCAUAUGAUUGCGUACACUGAUUCAUCGUUCUCGUUUAAUCAGUUAAAAAUCAUUCUUAAAUUUAAACUGAAACUAAAAUUUUAACUUUAAUUUGAUAUUUAAUUUUUAAAUUUAAAUAUAUAUUUCAAAUUUGAAUUUUAUUUCACAGGUUAAUACAGAUCGUUAAUCUAAAAGGUUGAUUAAGUUAAAAUAAAAGCGUUCCAUUAAGCAUGUUGCAGCAUGAAUGAUGACAUCCUCGUCAAUUGUUCCAACGUUUACGUUUUCUGUACGUUUACAAGUGACCAACAGAUUUCCGUAUCGAGAGAGUCAUUUCUUCAAAUACUUUUGAACGUUGACGAGCUCGUCGGAUCGUUUACGGGUCGUUUCCCGUGCGAGCGCCUGGCGUCCACACAAUUGUAGAAUUAAACGAGCGAUUUAUAGCGCGAGAGAUUUAUGAAUUGUGCGCAUUACGGUUGAGUGCGAGAGUCGGAUGAGAAACGAUUGUAAGCAG